AAUAGUCAUUUCAAAUUGUGUUUUUUUUUUGUGUGUGUGUGUCUUACUCUUUUCUGUUUUAUCUUUUAUAUGUGGUUUUACUCUUGGCCACCUCUUCAUGGUACAUAUCUUCAAUCUUGGAUGAUAGUUGUGCUGAAGACAGAUUUCAAACAAAUGGCAGAGUGUUCUCAGAAGAUGGUUCUGAAACAAAAGAUGUCUCUUUCUGAAACUGGACAACGGGAAGACGAACUCAGGACAUUUGAGAGGAGAGUGGAACUCAAAGACUCGAUAACUAUGAGAGAAGAAACCUCUUUGAAGAUGGAGAUAGAGUUUGAGAAGACAGAGGAGAGGGGUUCUACGUCAACUAGUGAAGAUCAAAAUGAACUCGUGGAGGAGACUGAGCCAAGAGACAAACCUCAUGAUGAAGAGCACACAGCUCUGAGAAUGAACAAUCAAAAGUCUCUGAUCAGUGUCCAUCCAACUAGUAGAGAAGACGUCUUUCUUCCAUCCAAACAAGACGUCUCAUCUCCAGCUGAAAGAAUUCGUCCAUUGAAGGAAGAAGUUUCUUCUGCUCAUGCUGAAGCCCACGUCUUCUCUGAAUCAGCACCAGCCUCAUCUGAAGACUUAAAUCAAGCUCUUAAAGGGGGAGUUCCAUCCAUUAAAUCCACGUCUACACCCUCUACUCAAAGAGUUUCACCUCCACUCAAACAAGACAUAGCCACCAUUCUUUCCCAUCAUACGGCAGCUCUUCCUAAAACAGAAGAAACACAUGUUAAAAGGAAGGAAGCUCAGAGGGAACAAGAAACUGAACGUCUAGACAAACCAAGGCAUCUUCUGGAAGAAGUGUCUCUUGUAAAAGAACUUGUCGCAGUUUCUGUCCAAGCUCAAAGCCCUUCCCCUGAGAGGACGGUCUGUUUGGAGGAAGAUGUUUCACCAGCUGAGCAAACUCUUCCUCCUGAAGCUGUUGUUGUCCCUGUAUUGAAAGUGUCACUAGGCCAGAAACUUUCUCCUAAAGAUAGAAAACCUCCCAAGCAAGAAAUUCUUUCUUCCAAGAAACCUGCUUCUGCACAGAAAGAACCUGCAAACAAACAUCCAACUGUAAGAGAUGAUGACAAAAAAAUAGAGAUGACGGAACAACGAACUCUUGAGCAAGUUGCCCCCCCAGAGGAGAAGAAACCAUCUGCACCAGAACCAAAAUCUUCACCUCCUCCUCCAGCUCCUCCUGCUCACCAGGUUUCUCCUGCAGUUGCUCUCCCAGAAGAGAAGAAACCAUCUGCACCUGCACCAAAGCCUGCACCUCCUCCUCCUGCUCAGAAAGUUGCACCUCCUGCAGGUAGACGGUUUAGUUACUCCUGUCUAACUGCUCUUCAGAUCUGUCUUCUUAGCUUUCUUCUUGUUUCUUGUGUGUCAUUUUGACCAAGCUGUCUUUUUGGUCGUCAUCUUGGCAUCUUGUGUUUCUAAAGUUGCUCUCCCAGAAGAGAAGAAACCAUCUGCACCUGCACCAAA